AUGACUACCUUGACACCCUCCUACCACGCAGAGAACUACUCGCCGGACGACAAUCGUGGCUGGGACAACAGAGGCUGCGCCUCCAUCACGGCUAACGAUACGUCCCUGCAGCACCAAGGCUUUGACCUCCGUCCCUUCCUAUUUCCAGCUGCUUUUGACGCUCAGUUUGAGGCGAUCGAUGAGGUGGUGAAAGCCUGCGCUCUCGGCUCGUGGGUAAGUGCAGUACGCCUUCCCAUGCCAAAGCUCCAAAAAGAGUUGCCGAAUCGUUUUGCAACGAUGAUCGCCCGGCAGUUCGUGUAUGGCUUGCCGCGCGCCGCGCAAGCGCGAUUCCUGCGCGUCGAUCUCAUGGAUUCAAUGGAGAAAAUGACGUCGAGCGCACCCUCUGCAUCGGGCUUCCAAUUUGCUGCUCCGUACCGGCCAGUGGUAAUGUGUGGAUCGAUGCAAAUGCCCUUGCCCUGCCAGCAGAGGCAACCUGCAGGUGCCGGUGCAUGGAGAGGCGGCAGCACCUUGUGGGCUGAGAUCGAUCGGCGUUACCCCGUCACACCGCUGGUGCAUGACAUCGUGGAGGAAGCCCUUCGCGAAGCACCUGAAGCCUUUCAAGCACCGGAGCUUAGGAGCUCGGUCGGCAGUGGGGAAUUCAACGCUCAGACCGGUGGAAUCCUUCGGUAUCGAAUGGGACGAAUUCCGAAGACGAAUUCCCCGAAGACGAAUUCCCCCCCGAAGACGAAUUCCCUCCCGAAGACGAAUUCCGAAGACGAAUCCCCGAAGCCGAAUGCUCCCCCGAAGACAAAUUCCCCCCGAAAGGACGAAUCCGAAUGCGAAAUCCCCCGCAGACGAAUUCCAGACCCGAGACGAAUCCCCCCCCACCCGAAGACAAAUUCCGAAGACGAAUUCCCCGCAGACGAUUUCCCUCCCCCCACCCCCGAAGACGAAUUCCAGAAGACGAAUUCCCGCAGACGAAGUCCCCCCCGAAGACGAAUUCGGAAGACGAAUUCCCCGCAGACGAAUUCCCCCCCGAAGACGAAUUCCGAAGACGAAUUCCUCGAAGACGAAUUCCCCCCCGAAGACGAAUUCCCUCCCGAAGACGAAUUCCGAAGACGAAUUCCCCCCAAGACGGGUUCCGAAGACGAGUGGCACACUUCCAUGCAUGGCAGUUGA